AUGCUCUCUACCAACGAAAUACUUCUUCCCAAAGGACGCAAGGACGAGGAUGAAUGCUUGAAAGCAGCAGCACUCCGAGAAACAUACGAGGAAACCGGUUACUCUGCAACCAUCUUACCACUAAAUACUCCCACACACGCUACCAACAGGACUGGCGAUGGAGAACAUGAGGAGCCCAUUGCAGUGACACAACGUGUCAAGAAUGGCGUCUUGAAGAUCAUCUUCUGGUAUGCCGCGAGGGUAAACUCGCAGGAGGUGCCUAAACAGGGUACGCAGCAGGAAGGAGAGGACUUCGAGUCAAUAUGGUUGGAUUGCACGCAGGGGCUUGCAGCAUUGACCUUCAACGACGACAGAGAGGUUGCUCAGCUGGCGAUAAAUGCCGCUUUCGGUCCUCAUCGUGGCCAUGAGUUUAUCACCACCUCUCCUCCUACAACGGCAUAG